AUCCUGGAGUCUCUGUGGGUGGUGAUGAGCAGAAAUGUCGGCCUCCUCAUCUCCACGACGACCACUCUCCUCACUGUCCUGUUCCACAGCGGCACGGCUCUGCUCAACUUUGCCCUCAGUCUGGUGAUUUUCCUGACUACUCUCUUCUACCUGCUGAGCUCCAGUGGUGAAUACUACAAACCUGUCAAAUGGGUCAUCAGCCUGACCCCCCUCUCACAGCCCGGACCCUCCUCAAAUAUCAUCGGCCAGUCUGUCGAGGAAGCAAUCAGGGGAGUGUUUGACGCCUCUCUGAAAAUGGCUGGCUUCUACGGCCUCUACACUUGGCUCACUCACACCAUCUUUGGCAUCAACAUAGUCUUCAUUCCUUCUGCUUUGGCUGCCAUCCUUGGUGCUGUGCCGUUCCUGGGGACCUACUGGGCAGCGGUGCCGGCGGUGUGCGACCUGUGGUUGGUGCAGGGUGAAGGCGUAAAGGCCGUGCUGCUGCUGAUCUGCCAUCUGCUCCCGACGUAUUUUGUAGAUACAGCUAUCUACUCUGACAUAUCGGGGGGUGGACACCCGUACUUGACAGGUCUGGCAGUGGCAGGUGGAGCGUACUACCUGGGGCUGGAGGGCGCCAUUAUCGGGCCCAUCCUCCUCUGCAUCCUGGUAGUUGCAGCCAACAUCUACAGUGCUAUGUUAAUGAGCCCCAGCUCUGCAGCUCCAACACCAGUGCAGUCCAGCUGGCCGCUCCACCCCCUCAGGACCUUUGCAGAUUCCACGCCCUCUGUCCUCAAAAUGACCAGUGAGUGAGAGCAAGAGGGUGUGACACUGUGGAUGUCACCUGGCUUCCUAUUGGCUGGUUCCUCAGGGGGAAGCGCUCCACCCUGCGCCGCUCGGCUCUACAAGAAUCGGCCACGACCGAGAAGAGAUGGCGGCGUAAUGGCUGGUCCCCUUUGUCAUCUGCUUACCAGAGCUGUUUCUCUGAGCAAUGUGGCACCAGCUGCUCUCAAUCAAGACCCUAAAAUUACAGAUGCGAGCAUUACUCGUGUUCCCUAACAUGGACCAAUGACAUCGCAUUGGACAUAAUGAUAAUGAAUGACGGAGACAUUAAUGCUAACCACAUUAAUAUUAAAAUUACUGUAGAGUUUGUGGUAAAUUGUAAGACAAUAUAUUUUAUCUACAAAGCCCCUGAUUUCCACCCUGCACACCCUGGCUCUGUUUUAAGUGUGUGUGGUUGUGCAGUAUUUAUACUCCCUACCUCUCUCCUCUUGGAGGCUCAAGUAGAGUUUGUAGUGAGGACCAUAAAAGUCCUCGCGCCUGGCUCAAGAAACGAUUUGUGGACUGUUGUUUAGUUUAACUUAAUCAUUCACGUUUCAGUGAUAGUAACUGUGAGUUUGCAACACUAGAUUUCUGUUUUGAUGAACAUUCACACUCCUGGACCAGGCGUUGUUACUGCAGUUUCACGGUUUUAGGUAACUGUACAGAUGAAUUACAGCUAAAUGUCUAUGCUUAUUGUUUUUAAGUAAACUGCUUUAGUAGAACCGAUUAGACUUUCUGCUUUUAGGGAGUCUGUGCUGAAGCCCGUGGUCUCUGAGGGUUUCUGUUUCUACAUUUUUAAUUUAUUUUAAACUUUAAGGAUAACUUUGGUAUGUGGCAGCCUGUUUUGUUGCUGCUGGCUGCAGUGGUCUCAUGAAAUUCCUGACCAUUUUCAAAUAUUGUUGUAAUUUUUAGUCAUUUACACACAAAAGAAACAUGGGAAAAUUGGGUCCAGGUUGAAAAAUGCCUAAGUUACCCUUUCACAUUUUGCUUUACACACUGUGAGUGCACAUAAACACAUGUGUGCAACAA